AUGACCACCGCAGGUCACCUCGACACAGACGCCAUCGCCCGCUCUGGUCUCGCCGACCCAGAGACGCACGGCAUCCCCCAGAUCGCCGGCAAGGGCUCCAUCGACGUGACCCGCCAGCGCUCCGUCUCCGACUCGGACGAUGAGCUCCCCACCGAGGAGG